AUGAGUACUGACAGCCCAACAUCGCCGUCAAGCCCGUCCGAGGCCAGACUGGAUGAGGGCCCCGAAGGCGCUCCGAAGAAACAAUCAUUCAAUCAUGACAUUCGCUUUUGGCUUGUCUUUUUGGCUCUCUGUGUAACCUCCUUACUUGCUGCUUUGGAGGGAACAGUGACCUCGACGGCAUUGCCAACCAUCGUGGCCGAUCUGCACAUUGGCGAUAACUAUCCCUGGGUGUCUAAUGCGUACUUUUUGACCACAGCAUGCUUCCAGCCUAUCUACGGACAAAUUGCAAACGUCUUCGGUCGCCGGUAUCCCAUGAUUUUCUCGGUUGUCCUCUUUGUCCUGGGCAGCGGUCUCUGUGGCGGCGCAUCAAACGAAGCAAUGCUGAUUGCUGGUCGUGCCGUUCAGGGGAUUGGCGGCGGCGGCAUCAAUAUGUUGAUCGACCUGAUCAUUUGUGAUCUUGUGCCUCUAAAUCAGCGAGGAUCGUACAUUGGCUUGUUGUUCGUUGUCUUUGCUAUCGGCACCUCACUUGGCCCCUUCAUCGGCGGAGCGAUCGUGAGCAAUACCACCUGGCGUUGGGUGUUCUACCUGAAUCUACCCAUUGGGGGCAUUGGUCUUCUUCUCUUGAUCCUCUUCCUUCAAGUGAACUACGACCGCGAGACCUCGAUCCCGACAAAGUUGAAGCGUCUGGACUAUAUGGGCAACAUGCUUUUGGUCGGAGCUAUUGUCGCAAUUCUAAUUGCCCUCAGCUGGGGAGGUACUCGCUACCCAUGGUCCUCUGGCCAUGUGCUCGCUCCGCUGAUCAUCGGUCUUCUGGGCAUCCCGGCAUUUGUGCUGUUCCAAGCCUCGCCGCUUGUCAAGGACCCGACGACCCCCUUGCACCUCUUCGGCAAUCGGACGUCUAGCAUUGCCUUUUUCCAGACCUUCAUGCACGGAUUCCUCAGCUUCUGGAUUCUGUAUAUGCUUCCUGUUUAUUUUCAGGCGGUCUUACAGUCAUCCCCCGAGAGAUCAGGCGUCCAGUUACUCCCCACCGUCGUUUCCAUGAUCCCAGUCGCCGGAGUUUCGGGCGUUGUCUUGUCAAAGACAGAAAACUACAAGAUGCUACACAUCGUUGGAUUUGCGUUGCUCACGAUUGGACUCGGCACCUUUACAAUCCUGGGCCCGGACUCGUCCACCGCUGCCUGGACCCUGACGCAGAUGGUCGCAGCCUUUGGCGCCGGGCUCAUCAUGCCCGUCCUCCUUCCCGCCGUGCAGGCCGGACUCGAGGAGAAAGACACGGGAACAUCGACGGCACUCUGGGCUUUUGUCCGCAGCUUCGGCAUUAUUUGGGGCCUGUCGGUCCCUGCUGCUAUCUUCAAUAACCAGUUCGAUAAACACGCCUCGUCGAUCAGUGACCCUGCCGUUCGGGACAUGCUGACGGGUGGAAAUGCCUACUCGUACGCUUCGAGCACCAUGAUCAACGCGCUGGACCCGAAAGUUCGACAAGAGACGAUCGAGGUAUAUUCGCGCAGCCUACGGGUAGUAUGGCAGGUCUCGAUUGCAUUCUCAGGGCUGUCAUUCUUGCUCUGCUUUUUGGAGAAGAGCAUCAAGCUACGGACGCAGCUGGAUACUGAAUAUGGACUGAAGGGAACGGAGCAAGAUCGCACUGAGAAGCAUUCUGCCGCGUGA